CAAAACCCUAACUAUAACCCCUCACGCUUCACUGAUCUCCUUUUACGUCUUGUGCCCUCCCAGAGCCGCCCCGUCUAGCCGACGAGAAACUUGAACGUCAACGCAAGGUUAACUCUACUCCAAGGCUCGGCCUGCGCGGCAGCUGUGGAAUUCUACGGAUUUCAUUUUCAUUCUUGGAAUCUUGAAGUUUUUUGCGGAGGACAUUUAGUCAAGACAAUUGAACAAAGCACUGUCUUCCAUGGAAAUUGAGAAGGUUUCUUCAGAACCCAAUGUUGGAUCCAUUCCUAUGAAGCCAAAAUUUGAGCCUUUGAAGGCUCAUGAGAUGUCUGAUGGACGUGUUCAGUUUCGAAAGGUUUCUGUUCCUCCUCAUCGGUAUGCACCUCUGAAAAAAGCAUGGAUGGAAAUCUAUACCCCAGUCUAUGAACAGAUGAAAAUUGACAUCCGUAUGAAUCUCAAGGCUCGAAAGGUUGAAUUGAAGACUAGAUCAGACACACCAGAUGUCAGUAGCCUACAGAAAUCUGCUGAUUUUGUUCAUGCAUUCAUGCUUGGGUUUGAUGUGAUCGAUGCAAUUGCUCUGCUGCGUAUGGAUGAACUGUAUGUGGAUUCUUUUGAGAUCAAGGAUGUGAAGACAUUGCGAGGUGAACAUUUAUCUCGGGCAAUUGGGAGGCUGUCUGGUAAAGGGGGUAAGACAAAGUUUGCAAUUGAGAAUUCUACAAGGACAAGGAUUGUGAUAGCUGAUAGCAAGAUUCAUAUCCUAGGAUCAUUUGCCAACAUCAAAGUUGCUAGGGAUUCUCUUUGUAGUCUCAUUCUAGGUUCACCAGCUGGUAAGGUGUAUUCAAAACUUAGAGCGGUCAGUGCUAGGCUAGCGGAAAGGUUUUGAUCUUUUUGAAAUUUUUUGUUGUUUAGGGUUUCAUUAAAAUGCUAAUUAUGCUGGAUAUAGUGUUUUUAUGUUCUAUUGACUAUUCAUUGAGAGGCUCACCACAGAGGAACAUAUUUUUCCCAGAACUUUUGCAUAAUGAUAGAAUUAUUUCUGGAGUGGCAGGGGGCAAUGUAUGAAAUUAAUGUUAUUAAAACAAGUAAAGCAUAUUUUAAGCUGUGUUGUGCCUC